AUGUUUCGAAUCACAGAUUUCCUUUGUUCGAGUUGACAAUCGAUUUAAAAUUAAUUUCGUUCUUUAGCAAAUCAAACUCCAAUGAUUUCUGGAAAUUUGAAUGACAGUUGUGACGGACACUCACGGGUGAUUACAGUAAAGUAAAUUUCAUUUCUGCGGAGAAAAAUUGUUGUGACAAAUUUUCCAAAUUGAUUUUAUGUUUUCCGAAUAUUUAAACUAAAUUCGUUCAUACGUUUCGCCUGACAUAACUGUUUUAUUUUUUAAUUUAUCGAAAAUAACAAGUGACGAGUCCACAUUUUUUUGUAAGACUUUUCUGGAAAUCACAUUGUUAAUAGAACUGAGGUUCUAUUUUGGUAACAUUUUACCAUUGUUCUCCAAUAUAUCAGGCAGUGCCCCUUUUUGUCGGUAAUCAGAUAGAUUCGUCUGAUUACUGUGUGAAAUAUAUCUUCAAUCUGGAUGAUGAGACAACAUUGACACAAGAACUUAAGCUGAUAUGGGAAGAUUCUCUGGGAAAAAAUGUCGCUUACUGUCGAUGUUAUGGCUUACGACGUUUUUCUUCUUCGUAGAAAUAGUCGUAGGUUAUAUAACAAAUUCAAUGGCCUUAGUGGCAGAUAGUUUUCAUAUGCUGAGCGACGUCGCAGCAUUAGUUGUAGCUUUUUUAUCCGUUAAGAUGUCACCAAAGAAAUGGUCGAAAAAUACUUUCGGUUGGGCGAGAGCUGAAGUGCUGGGCGCCUUGGUCAACGCCGUAUUUUUAGUAGCUUUAUGUUUUUCUAUAACCGUAGAAGCCUGCAAGAGGUUUAUCGAAAUAGAAUAUAUUCACAAUCCUCAGUUGUUAGUAAUCGUCGGAGGAAUUGGUCUCUUAGUCAACUUAGUCGGAUUAUUACUAUUUCAUGAACAUGGUAGUUCCCAUGGUCAUUCACACGGAAGACUGUCCCAUAGUAGAAAUAGACUAACCCAACUAGCGAUAACGGACGACAACGAGAACGACGAAACGUUUCCUAGUCCUCCUCCACCGACGACCCAAUUAGGUGAGAAAGCUCUGACCCACAGUCAUUCAGCUGGUCAGAUGAACAUGCGCGGAGUAUUCUUGCACGUUUUGUCUGAUGCUCUUGGUUCGGUUAUUGUGAUAGUAUCUGCGUUAGUGUUCUGGUUAACCGACUGGAAAUAUAAAUAUUACAUUGAUCCAGCUCUCAGUGUUCUUUUAGUUUUAUUAAUCUUGAAUUCGGUAUGGCCGCUAUUAAGAGACUCGGCACUUAUUUUGCUUCAAACAGUUCCGACUCACAUUCAAGUCGACGCUAUCCAAAGCAGGCUGCUGUCGAAAGUAGACGGCGUUCUGGCAGUACACGAAUUCCACGUCUGGCAGUUGGCCGGCGAUAGAAUUAUAGCUUCAGCUCAUAUCAGGUGUAGGAAUCUUUCUGAGUACAUGAAAAUCGCAGAAAAGGUGAAAGAAUUCUUCCACAAUGAAGGGAUUCAUUCGACAACGAUACAACCGGAAUUCAUAGACUACACCGAUAUACCGACCACUUCGACGACAGUACAGGAACCUAUGACCGAAGAUUGUGUAUUAGACUGCCCGAAAGGUGACAGCCUUAAUGACAAUUGCGUCAGGAAUACCUGUUGUGGACCUUCAAAACAGGGCAGAGACUCACCAUCUCCAAACAACACGCCGUACAUGGUCCGUCAAAGAAACUCAGUUCAGAAACCCAAAGUCGGUAACGAGGAGAUGAACGAAAUGGAGGAAGGCGUCCUCCUUAAAGAAAACGGACUCCAACCAGACUGUGAUUGUACCCUACGUGGCUCCCAAUGCACAUUCAGGGGAUAGAUUUAAUUUAAUAUUGUUGUGUAAAGUCGUCCUACAAAAUUACGAUUUUUGGUGAGACAUAGCGACAUUGGGAAGUGUAUAAAGUAUUCAGUGUUUCAAUUUGCUCUUUGAUCGUUAUUCAGUGAAAUUCUAGUCAGGUCGUGUAUAGAAUUUUGGAUGGUUGUGAAGCUUUCCUAGUUGGUUAGAGCAAAAAACGCAACAAAAUCGAUAAAGCAAUUCAAAAUACCGGGACACGUAACAUAUUAAAAAUAUUAUAGCCAGGUUACAAAAUUUUAUUUAUAAGAUUGAUAAUAAAUUAUUAGGAAAUUA